CUCUCAGCAAGAUUGUUUCUCGAUAAUGGAUACUGAUGAUCAACCCAGCCAGGAAAGUCCUGAUCAGGUGACCUUAGAUCAUGAACAAGAACAAGGUACAAGCCAAGCAAGGUCCUAUGAGUGCACCUUCUGCAAGAGAGGUUUCUCUAAUGCACAAGCGCUAGGAGGCCACAUGAAUAUUCAUCGAAAAGACAAAGCCAAGCUGCUCAAGCACUCCUCAAGUGAAACUCAACAAUCUUUGGAUAUCCCAAAGAUAAAUCCCUCGUUUUCUCCAGCUAUUACUAGCCUAAUGGAAUCCGGAAGAGAUGAGAGCUCGAUCAAGUGGCCUUUUAUUGUUGAUAAAGCUGGAAGUGAUCAUGAUGACACUAAAAGGGACAAAACCCAAGUUGGAGAAAUCCAGAAACUGGGAUUUUUUGUCCAAAAUUCAUCCAGUACUGAAGAUCAUCAAAACCAAAGCAGUCAAGUUCAUGGUAUCAGCAAGAAGAGUGAUUUGUCGUCAAGCUCAGAGAUAGACCUUGAGCUUAGACUAUGGCCUGAGCCGCAGGAAUCAUCACCGGGUACCAAAAAGUUCUUUUGAGAUUGAAUAUCUUAUAUAUAUUAUAUCUGUCUUUAUUGAAAUUUUUUAAUUUUAGGGUUCCAUAUGGU